AUGGCUACCAAAGCACCCACCCUGAAGUUGGCCUCUGGCUAUGACAUGCCACUCGUCGGCUUCGGUAUCUGGAAGGUGCCCCGCGAGACGUGCGCCGACCAAGUGUACAACGCCAUCAAGCUCGGCUACAGACACAUCGACGGUGCAUGGGACUACACGAACAGCGCCGAGGCGGGCGAGGGCGUCCGCCGCGCCAUCAAGGAGGGCAUUGUCAAGCGUGAGGACAUGUUCAUCACCUCCAAGCUGUGGAACAACUACCACGCGCGCGAGCACGCAUUCGAGAUGGCCAAGCUCGAGAACGAGGCCUGGGGUCUGGACUAUCUUGACCUGUUCCUCAUCCACUUCCCCAUCUCCCUCGAGUUCAUCCCCUUCGACAAGAUGCGCUAUCCCUGCUUCUGGACCGACAAAGAGCAGACGAAGCCCACCCCUCUGGCCAAGGUGCCCAUCUCCGAGACAUGGAAGGCGCUCGAGGACAUGGUGCAGACCAAGGACAACCCGAAGGGCUUCAUCAAGAGCAUCGGCGUCUCCAACUUCCAUACCCAGCUGCUCUACGACCUCCUGUCAUACGCGAAGAUCCAGCCCUCCGUUCUCCAGAUCGAGCACCACCCCUACCUGACACAACCCGAGCUCGUCAAGAUGGCCCAAGAAAACAACAUCGCCGUCACCGGCUACUCGACUUUCGGCCCGCAGUCUUUCUUAGAACUGGACAACCCCCAAGCCAAGGAGGUCAAGCCGUUGUUUGUGGUCGACGCAGUGAAGAGCAUCGCUGCGAAGCACGGCAAAUCACCCAGUCAGGUCCUAUUGCGCUGGUGCACCCAGCGGAACGUCAUCGUCAUCCCCAAGUCGAACAGCGUCGACCGGCUGAAGCAGAACCUGGAGUGCUGCACCUUCGACCUCAGCGAGGAUGAGCUCAAGCAGAUCUCGGACCUGAACAUGAACUUGCGCUUCAACAGCCCUUCGAGCAUUUCGUCGUCUUUCCGCAUCUUCACCUAA